GGCGGAGAUCGAUGAGAUGAGACACAAAGAAAGAUUGUUCCAUCUUAGCUUAGCUUAUUACGAUAGUAUUAAUUAAUUUAAGACUUUUUUGUCCUAAAUGGGACUAAAAUGUUCCUGAAAUUCCUAAAUAGGACUAUGCAUAUUUUUUUUUACCUAAAUAGGAUUAAAUUACUCAUUUACCCUUAUUCUUUCUUUUUUUUCCCCUCUUUUCCCACGCCAUCUUUUCCCCUGCGCAACAUCUCCUCCUGCUCAGCUUCCUUUCCCUUUCCACCCAACUUCUCUUUCCUCUUGCACAAGAACAAGCAAACCCUAGCUCGAAGGCCGCCGCCACGGAUGAGAAGUCUGUCGCCGCUGCCCAGUCGAAGCCAUCGCCGCCGCUGCCCAGUCGAAGCCAUCGCCGCUGCUGCCCAGUCAGAUCCAUCGCCGUCGCCGCCCAGUCAGAUCCGCCGCCCCCGCCGCUGCGAAGUCCGCUGCCGUGGAGAUUUUCUUCUCUUCUUCGAAGAUCUGCAACAAUAGCGGCCAGAUUUGCAAUGGAGGUGCCGGAUUAGUUGCGACUGUGGUCGGAUCUACAAUAGCGGUGGCUGGCGGUCGAUGCAGGUUAGAUCUGACCAGAUCUCCGGCGGUGUCUGGCAGAUCUGCAGCGGCGACAAUCAUAUCUACAACGGCAGUGAUGAGAUCUACAAUGACGGCUGGUUUUGAGGUAGCAGUAACGUCCGGCGACCGGCGGUGACCGGCGGCGACCGGCGGCGACCGGCGGGGACCGGCGAUCGGCGGUGGUCCGAAGUUCUGGUUGGCGGCAGAAUGAUUAUCAAGCUUCAAGGGUGUUUUUGUCAAAUUAUAAAUAAUAACUCCUAUUUGGGAGAUUUUUAAACUUUAGUCCUAUUUUGGCAAUUAAUGAUUUAUUUAGUCCCAUUUAGGUCAAUACCUCUUAAUUUAAUUAUUAGCGUCACAUAUAUUAUUAAUAAGCUUCAAAAUAAUUAUUGAAAAUGCCGGAACGACCCAUUGAAUUUUGCAAUAUAAUUUAUAUUGAAAUGUUUGUACUAUCCUUGGCCGUAGGCAGCCUCGUGGCAGCGGCCGCCGGUUUGAUAGACAAAACUUGUGCCAACAACCUUAGACACCUCCAAAUCUGGUUCAUCGGAUGCGCAGUUACGAUGUUUGUAAUCGGCUGCGUGCUCUACGUCUUCAUAAUAAAAACAAACUGUUGUUGUAUGCAAAAAGACGUGGGAGAUGAUGCGAUCGCCCUCCACUUCCUCUCGGUGCUGCUGUUAGUGGCCGUGAUGGUUGUCCUCGUAAUCCUGGCCGUUAAGCUGCCGGGGAAACCUGCGGCAGCUGGUUCCCCCGACCACGGCCAGGAAUACAGCCUGGAUCAGUUCCCCACCCGGCUUCGUAAGACGGUACUUGGCAAGUGGGACGAGGAUUCCUCCCCAAAUUGUCUCGCUCAUUCUGUUCCCUGCAGUGCCUUGGGCACGGCCUAUUACUCCUCCUUCGAAAUACUAUCCACUGCACCUCUCACGCCUUUACAGUCUGGAUGUUGCAUGCCACCACAAAGAUGUAACUUCACUUUUGUGCGCCCAACAUAUUGGAUAAGCAAUCAAACAUCAUCUUUAAGUGGCGACUGUUCAAGAUGGAACAAUGAUCAAAGCAAACUUUGCUUCAAUUGUGAUUCUUGCAAAGCAGGAUUAAUAGCCCAUAACUCAAAGAGUUUGAGAAUAGUAAAUAAUCUUGUAAUAGGUGCCAUUGUUGUGUGUGUUGUUUAUUUUCUUUACUUC